AAGUCACCUUGAAGCUAUUUACAGCUACAACAAAUGAAUAUUUAAAUAUUGAAAAAAAAAAUUGUCUCGCAACUGCAUAUAUUUAAGGAAACUAUAUAAAAUGCGCACAGCACCUCGAACCAGCUACACAACAGUCCUCUCUUUUUGCUCUCUGCUCUUCUUCCCCGCAGCUCGUGAUCCCGUUUCCCGGUACAUCUGGUAUACGUAUACACACACGUUCGCUUGCUCGAGUAUAGCACACGCCGGGAGUCUCGUGAGAUACGUAGGUAGGUGCGCGCGAAUACAGUCAGUAGUAUUUCAACUGUUGAUGCAGGAGGAAUAUUGCUUAUACACACGCGACUCCGGUACCAGCAGGAACAAAGCGAAAACAUAAAUCGUCGAUCAAAUUCGAAUCGUGAAGCGACUCAAAAACGACGCGAUGUCGAGAAGCUGCGAAAUCUGCCCAGCCGAUUUACAGUUACUCCUGUGCGCGAAGUUUGGCCCGCGUCUCAAGCUGCUGGUGAACUCGAGCUCGUCCCUCCUACCGCCGGGCGAGAAUUUCGCCUGCGAGAUCUUCAAAGUUCGCGCGUUGGUGAGGCGCGACGAGGACUCGCCGACGGAGGAGCUGCACCUCGUGGCCAAGGCUUUCCCGUUCAAGGAAGCGGCGGUUAGACAGGUGUUCGACUUCACGCAGUUGUUCCGGAAGGAGGUGUUCUUCUACGAGAAUAUCGCGCCGGUUUUGAAGGAUCUCGCGCUGGAGUUCGGCGAGGGAGACUUCGAAGUGGCGCCGAGGAGCUUCGGAUCCAGGAAGCCCGAGGACUGCAACGACGAGGGGGUUGUCAUCCUCAUGGAGAAUUUGCAGCACGCCGGGUACUACGCGCCGGAUAAGCUUGAAGGCUCGGAUUUGGCACACUCCCGGUUGACGAUUAAGGCCCUGGCGCGCUUCCACGCGCUGGGCUUCGCCUGCAAGCACCACCGGCCGGACUUUUUCAACGAUCAAGUCGUGAAGAACGCAAACAUGGUACCUUUUCGGCAGUCGGAAGAUGCCGAAGACAUCUUCGACGUCCUCUUCAAAUUGAUGAUGAAGGACUCGCGUCUCGCGGAACACCACGAGCGUAUUUUCAAACUGAUAAAUCCGGGUAAGAAGAUCGAGUUCUUCACCCACGUUGCCGAGGAACCUUGGCGCUCCAUCGUACACAUGGACUUCUGGACGAACAACAUCCUCUACCACAAGGACGCGGAUGGAAAUUUAGACGAUGUCAAGUUCAUCGACUUUCAGAACUUCGCGUACAACAGUCCUCUGAGGGACAUCCCCUACUUUCUGUGUACCAGCACAUCUCACGAGGUCAUGACCCAGCACUUCGACGAGCUUCUUGAUCUCUACUACGACACCUUCAUCGACGUGCUGAAGAGGGUGAAAGUCAACGUUGAGCCAUUCAGCAGGGAUAAGUUCGACGCGCAACUAAAGGAGGACGCAUCCUUAGAGUUCUUUCACAGUAUCAUUGCCAUUAAGUUUUUCACCGCGGAAGUCGAGAAGGAGUCGUACGAUUCCAGUCAGCUCAAUCAGGUUAUAAUAUUCAGUGAGCCUAAUGAGCUAGCAUACGAUAAGUGGUACCACAUUGUACAGACAUUCAUGAAGCAAGGAUGGAUGUAGUUGUUGCGAGUAUUAUUGUAAACAAAAAUGUAGACCAUGUGCUGCGUUAUUUUAAAUUAUAUUUAUAGAUCUAUAUAUUUUACAACAACUUUUGUAAUUUAAUAAAAAUGAAGACGUGAAAAGUUGCGCUUGAUUAUAUAUGCUCAAUGUAUACAUUUCUUGUAAAAAA